AUGCGUAAAACCAGAGAGAAUGAAUUUCUGUAUGUUUUUAUUGUUCUCUAUGCAUUUAUCAAGGGAUUUGAGUGUUGUCGACUAAUUGUGGUUGUUGAUGAUAGCCACUUAAAAACACUGUUCAAUGGGACAUUUGUAUCUGCAAGCACAUUAGACGGUGCAGGUAAUAUACUGCCCCUAGCAUAUGGUGUGCUUGAUUCUGAGAAUGACAAAUCUUGGACGUGGUUUUUCGAGCGUUUCAGAGAAACAUACGGAGUAAGAGAGAACAUGUGUAUCGUAUCCGAUAGGCAUGAGAGUAUAAACAAAGCUGCUUUCAGAAUCUAUCCAGAAGUCACACAUUAUGCAUGUAUAUGGCAUCUAUGGGGUAAUGUAUGUAAAAAAUACAAGAAAAGCCAUGAUAUUUUGUCGCCUGUUUUUUGUUCAAUGGCAAAAGCAUAUACGCAAGAUGAGUUUGAUGAGUUGAUGCUUAAGGUUCAGAAAGUAGAUAUGCGGGUUGCGGAGUAUUUGGAUGAAGCUGGUAGGGAUAGGUGGGCUAGAGUUUAUGCAACUAUUAACCGAGGUUGGACAAUGACUUCUAACAUUGCGGAGUGUAUUAACAAACAUCUUCUAGCUGCUAGAGAACUGCCGAUAUAUGACUUUCUGGAAGAGAUUGAACCAUCAACAAAAUUUGUGUACACGGUGCAUGAUGGAUGA